AACCACUGCUAGAAGCAGAAGUGAAAAGCAGGCGGAAGUGAAAGCAGAGCCCAGAGCUGCUUCCCAGGCAGUUCCCCUCUGCAGAGCGCCUGGGAGCAGCCAGCAGCACGGCCAUGGAGCCCCUCUCCUUCCAGGAAUACAUCUGCUCCCUGGACCCCGCCACCCUGCCCCGUAUCCUCAGGAUUUGCUCCGGUGUCUAUUUCCAAGGGUCCGUGUACGAGGUCUCAGGCAACGAAUGCUGCUUGUCGACGGGUGACCUGCUGAAAGUCAUGGCUGUGGCACUGCAGAAGGUCAUCUGUGAGGACACAGCAACAGGGCAGACAACAGAGCUGCCACUGACAUUUAAGGGUCUUUUCCAGCCUGCCCCAGCACCGGGACCGUGCCCAACACUGCAGCAACCGUUCCUGGAGAGUGGCAGGCAGCAGGGCCUGAUGCUGCAACAGGUGCUGGGACAGUGGGAUGGGCAGCCACAGCUCCUGCUGUGCCCCACCAUCAGCCCCCAUGCCCUGCUCCUGCACCCCGUCUAUGAGGUGCACGCUGUCAUGCACUUGCGCCGGGAUGUGGUGAAGAUCCCCUCCACGCUGGAGGUAGAUGUGGAGGAUGUCACGGAGGAGGCGCAGCAUAUCCACUUUGCCCGGCCACUGCUGCUGAGCGAGGUUCUGGGGAUGGAGGAGAUGCUGCCGGUCCAGGCCGAGAUCCUGGAGGGUCCGGCCGGCCCCGCCAUCUUCAAGAGCACCUGGGUGCCGCGGCUGCAGCGGGGCCAGUGGCUGCAGCUCCACAGCCGCUCCCACACUUGGCGGGUCCUGGCCUCAGCCCCUGGCAGCGGCCGCCAUUUCCUCCUAUCCAGCGCCUACCAGGGCCGGUUCCGCUGGCGGCCCCGCCAGUUUUCAGGGGUGCAGGAGUUGGCGGCCAACCUGCAGCCCGGCCGGCGGCUGCGCGUGGUGGUGACGCAGGACUGCGAGCGCCAGGGGGACGACAUGCCCCCGCUCGGCGUGGGCGACCGGCUGGAGGCCCUGGGGCUGCAGGGGAACGGCCCUGACACCCGGCUGCUCUGCCACCGCCAGGAGGAGGAGGAGGAGGAAGGUGAGGAGAUGCUGCUGCCACUGGACCUCGGAGGCAGCUUUGUGGAGGAGGUGUGUGACAGCAAGAAGUACAGGCUGGAGGAGCUGCUGGAGAGGCAGACACUGCCCUGCGAGGUCCGGGUGGUGGCCCCUGACCCAGGGCUGGACCGGGAUGUGCUGGGCACCCUGCCCGCCCUGCGGCUGGAAGCCCGCCUGGACCAGCCCUUCCUGGUGGGCAGCUUCUGCGAGGAGCCAGACAAGGGCUUCGAGAUCCUGCCGCAGUGGCUGGACUUCUCCAUCCUGCCGAGCGAGGGGCCCAUCCACCCCCCGGCCCCCUGCACCCGCCGCUCCCGGGUGGAGGAGCUGACCGAGGCUUUCUACUACCAGCUGCUGGCCCAGCUGCCCGGCGGCCUGGCCCCGCCACCCCCGCGGCCCCCCAAGCCAGCGCAGGCAGGGACGGGCCCUGGGGGAAGGCACCCCUCAGCCUCCAGAUCCCCGGUCCCCAGCGCCCCACUGGCGAGAGCCCACCUGACUCCUCCACUGCCGCCGCUCCCAGCCGUGCCCCGGCCGAGCACCCCCAGCCAGUAUGGGCAGCGGAGCCCCCCCGGGGAUGCAGGUGAGGCCCCCGGCGCCUCCCAGGCCCCAGCCCCGCCACAGGGUUCAGCCUGGAGAUGCCCUGCCCUGGCAGAAGGACGGGGCCCCACAGCAGCAUCAGCAGGUCGUGCUUAACCGAGGAGCCCUGCCGGCCACCACCUCCCCGGGGCUGUCCUCAUGGGGAUCCAGGGCAGGGAUGCUCAGCUGGGAAUGACUGCGCUGCAGCCAGCCGGGCCCCCACAGAGGCUGCACCUCCCCAUCCCCUUGCCCCAUGUGCCAAGGGACCUAUGAGGAAUUGCCCCAUUCCCACGUCCCGCAUGCUGGGGGGACCCACCAGGGGCUGCCCCAUCCCUUCAUCCCACACAUUGCAGGGAACCUAUGGGGGUAGCUGCCCCAUUUCCUUGUCCCACAUAUGGGGGGCACAUGGGGGAGGCCACCCCAGUCCCUUGUCCCACAUGGUGGGAAGCAAGGCUUGACCUCAAGGGUGAUGGCAUGGUGAACACUGCUGACCAGCCCUUGGCCUCCACCUGCCAUCGAACGAGGCACCUUCCUCCCCCCCUCCCCCCCCAAUCGCAGGGGACCUGUGGCCCCAGAGGCUGGUGUCUGUGGUGGCAGAGGCCCUUCUCCUCCCACACCCUCAGUCCCCACCACCGUGUCUGGGGUGCAGCUCAGACUGCAGAGGUGGGGAGAGCAGGUCAGGCAUCCCCUGGGGGGUUUCUGCUGCAGCCCGUCACGGUGCAUCUCCGCAGGCUGUGCUCUCUCUUCCCUUCCAGGCAUGG